AUGGGCGAGAUCAAGUACUUGGAGGCACACAAUCUGCCCGACAAGAUCGAAUCUGAAGAGGCAGUAGAAGAGCUGCUGUCAAGACCACCGGUAUGGCUUCCGGCUCUACUCGAAGGACUUGACGGCGAUAUCAUGUUCCUUGGUAUUGGCGGCAAAGUUGGCCCAACCAUAGCAAGAAUGGCGAAACGAGCGGUACCCAACAAGCGCAUCGUCGGAGUCGCGAGAUUCUCGGAAGCAGGCCUCAAGGAGCGUCUUGAGAGCUGGGGCCUGGAGACACACAAGUGUGAUCUGCUGAACCGGGAAGAGGUGACGAACCUGCCUGAGGCUGCCAACAUCGUCUACAUGGCCGGCAAGAAGUUUGGUGUCGACGAGGAUCCCAGCUUCGCAUGGGCCAUGAACACAUAUGUGCCGAGCCUUGUCGCUGAAAGAUUCAAGUCGUCCAAGAUCGUCGUCUUUUCGACGCUAUGCGUAUACUCUUUUGCACCGAUUUCUGGCGGUGGGUGGGAAGAGAGUGUCCAGCCUGCGCCAGCUGGCGAUUACGCCAUGAGUUGUGUUGGGCGCGAGAGGAUGUUCGGGUACUUCUCAAGGCGGCACAACACACCUGGACGUAUCAUUCGUCUCAACUAUGCGAUCGACAUGCGUUAUGGUGUCCUGCAUGACAUUGCUGGCUGGGUGAAGCAAGGCAAGCCGAUCCCGAUUGCCACAGCGUACGCGUCCUGCAUCUGGCAAGGCGACAGCAACGCGCAGAUCCUUGGAGCUCUCGCACACACAACGACGCCCACAACGCCGUUGAACGUUGGUGGAGCAGAGCAUAUGUCUGUGCGUAUGGCGGCACACGAGUUUGGGCGGCGCUUCGGCAAAGCUCCCAUCUUCGAGGGCGAGGAGUCGGAGUACGGGUGGUACAACACUACGCUGGCAGCGCAGCGCUUGUUCGGCUACCCGACAGUGUCGCUCGCGCGCAUGAUUGACUGGACGGCGGACUGGGUUGGCAAUGAUAAAUUGUCGAUCAAUAAGCCUACGCAUUACGAAGAGCGGGAAGGCGCGUUCUGA